GCGGGUGUACGUACCCUUGGACGCCUUAUUCUUCUCGGCGUUCCUCUCGCGGGCCAUCUUGGACUUUUGGCCGGUGCCGCCGCCCAUGGCUGGUGGUGGUUCCUCCGAUUUGGGUGCUCGUGUGAGAAGGGUUAUGGUCCAAACUUCUUAUGCGUCCAUCUUGUUCAUUUAAUUCAUACCCCAAACUUCUUCUUUGUGAGAGCAAGCAGCACUUCAGGGUCCUGCUUUGUCUGCAUAUAUGCGUCCAUCUUGUUCAGUUUCUGCAGUACAUUGUUCUGGUGUCAGGACACCCUGUUAAAAUAAGUUAAUGAAAUAUCUGAAAUCCGUCGAUGAAUGGUACAUAUGCAAUGUCCACCUGUCCCAAAAUCUCAAACACCAUUAGUACUUUGAUUUUCUUAUUCAAACAGCUAGAAGGAGUGGCCAAAAAUAGUUCUGCAAAUUUACCAGACUGAAUUGAUCUAGGAAGAAAGGACCAUCAUCAAAUUUUGAAAGGGAGCUGUCUAUUUUGUCAGACUGAUCAGACUGUUGGUUCACCUGUGCUUGGGAAAAUGGUACUAGAAGAAGAAUUUGCUGAUUACAAAUCUCGUCGUCGAGUUGUUCGUAGGCCAAAAUCUGAGAUUGACACAUAUUUGGAAGAGGAUCCUGCCGAGGAUAGUAAAAGAUUUGAUGUGUUGGGUUGGUGGAAGGCUCGUGCUGAUCAGUUUCCUGUCUUAUCAAAGAUGGCUAGGGACUUUCUUGCUAUCCCACUCAGCACCGUAUCAUCUGAAUCGGCUUUUAGUUGUGGCAAUAGGAUUCUAGGGGACACAAGAGGCUCGCUAACGCCACAGAUGUUGGAGGCUUUAGUUAGUGCAAAAGAUUGGCUCACUAUAGUCCAAGAUAAAGAUAAGGAUAAGGACGAUGAAGGGAUCUUAAGUGGAGCUGUUGGGGUCGGUGCAGGGCAAAAUAUGCCACAUUUUGUAAGCAUGCUACAUUCUCAGACGGGCUAUGUUGCGCCUCUUCUUAUUGCAGCUUCUUUUGCUGGAGCAUUGCAGAGUUUGCUGUCAUUCAGAAGGUAUUCAGCAUGGAUAAACCCAAUCAGGCACCGUAUGUUGCUCAGCAGUUUGGUCUUGGUUCUCUCCAGGGAUUCCCAGGCAUGUCACCAUUUGGGCAGGCUCCACCUCCAGACAUACAAUCACUCCAGUUCCUUAGCAGCAACCCUCAACUGGGGCACCAGACUACGGAUCAAGGCCAGUACACCAUUCCAGUCUGGGAUUUCCUGUGAUGUAUAAUAUGUGGCUUAUGCCAACGUAGCAGCGUAUUUGUAAAUUAUGUAAUAGCCAAUAAUGUAGAAACAGCUCUGGGUUGCUCAACAUGCUUAUGUAAAUGAAAUCGUCGAGCAUGGUAAAAUCGUCAGCACAAAAUGAAGCCAAUCAAAGAUCUGGGGAAUGGCA